GCAAGGAGACGGACGGGGGAUAGCAAGGAGACGGACGCGAUAGCAAGGAGACGGACGGGCGAUAAGCAGGAGACGGACGCGCGACAGCAAGGAGAUGGACGGGAUAGCACGGAGACGGACGCGCGAUAAGCAGGAGAAGAGAGCACGACGGUGCGUUCUCUGGCGGGGUGUAUGCACUCAGUCUGGAUGAGAUCGACGCGCUCGGUGUGGCGGGGUGUAUGCACUCGGUGUGGAUGAGGUCAAUGGACUCUGCAUGGAAGAGGUCGACGCACUCAGCAUGGAUGAGGCACUCGGUGUGGAUGAGGUCAAUGCACUCAGCACGGAUGAGGUCGACGGACGCGCGUCUGCAUUUCUGGGGUUCGCGGACCACCUCGUGUCCGAGCACAGCCUGCACUCGGGCUACAAGUUGCCAACGUCGGAGGCCGCAAGUCGACAACGUCAGAGGAGGACGCGCAUCCGGACGUUCACCGUGACAGACCGUCUGAGGGAACCGUCACCGCACUCUGAGGGAGACGGAUCGCACCGCACCUCGGGCCGACGAACCGCUUCGAUCGAGUCGGACCGACCCUCCGCUUUGACCACGGCGGACCGACCCUCCGCUUCGACCAACCUCCGCUUCGCAUGCUCGCUGGCUCUCGUGGCCGACCGUCCUAGCUGCCGCGCGGCCCGACCUCCCAAGCGCGACGCUCGCCAUGCGCGCGGGCUGUCUCUUGCGAUAGACGCUUCCUAACCCUCCUCCACUUGGUGCUCCCUUCCUCUGCCGUACGCGCAUACUAUCGUCCCUUGUAUACGCAGCCCAUCCUCUUCCAUACACGCCUCCCAUCCUCUUCCUUAGACACCCUAUCCUCCUCCGUACACGCAAUCCAUCUUCUUCCAUAGACACCCUAUCCUCCUCCGUACACGCAUCCCAUCCUCUUUGGCACACGCAAUCCAUUCUCUUCCAUAGACAUUCCAAUGAUCCCAUAGACCCGACUCUCCACAGACCGGACUCUCCACAGACCCGACCUACUCCUCUCCGUGCCUCUUCGCCCCGCUAGACGAGCACCAUCAUCCUUCGCACCCUCCCUCCCCCCCCACCAGUACUUCUCCCUCCCUUCCAUCACCUCGUGCCCUAACUCACGCAAACGCGCGCCUUCACCCAUCUCGUCGCGCUCCUUUACCCCUUAC